AUGCCUUCUACAUAUAAAAAGGACAAGCCAUGGGAUGUCGACGGCACAGACCACUGGACGACCGAAGAAUUUAAACCUGAACAUAAUGUUGCUGGUACCUUCACGGAAGAGUCCUCCUUUGCUUGUCUCUUUCCAAAGUACAGAGAACUCUAUCUCAAGCAGGCCUGGCCGCUGGUCACGAAAGCUCUAGAAAAGAAGGGUAUUGCAUGCACUCUAGAUCUAGUGGAAGGUCGCAUGGAAGUGCGCACAACACGGAAGACCUUUGACCCUGCCGCCAUCUUGGAUGCUCGCGACCUCAUAAAGCUGCUUGCCCGUAGUGUUCCUGUGCCCCAGGCCAUCAAAAUUCUUCAAGACGACACUGCCUGCGACGUUAUAAAGAUCAGAGGCCUUGUGCGGAACAAGGAGCGAUUUGUCAAGCGAAGACAGCGCCUGCUCGGACCUAAUGGUUCCACUUUGAAAGCGCUGGAACUCCUCACUUCCACCUACAUCCUUGUCCAAGGCAACACAGUCAGUGCGAUGGGCGGGUACAAAGGCCUCAAGGAAGUUCGGAGGGUCGUCGAGGACUGCAUGAAUAACAUCCAUCCUAUCUACCAUGUGAAAGAACUUAUGAUCAAACGUGAACUUGCCAAAGACCCAGAGCUAAAAAACGAGAGCUGGGACAGAUUCCUUCCACACUUCAAACGGAAGACUCUGAGCAAAAGACACAUUCCGCACAAAGUGGUUGACAAGACCAAAAAGGUCUAUACUCCAUUUCCUCCACCACAAGAGAAGAGCAAGAUCGAUCUGCAAAUUGAAAGCGGAGAGUACUUUCUUGCCAAACAAGCCAAAGACCGUGCCAAAGAACAGGAGAAGCGGGAGAAACAGCAGGAGAAGAAGGAAGAAAAGGCGCGUGCACGAGCUGAAGCAUUUGUCGCUCCCGAAGAAGCGUCCGAACCUGGGAGAGAACACAAGGCGAAGAAGAGAAAGAGUCAAGAGGAGAAAACCCAGCUCCCAUUGUCCAAAAGACCCAAGGGCAGCAGGGGAUGA